AGGCCAACAACAGAAGCAUAGCAAGCAUGCUGAUGAAGAUCGCCCGACUCUGAAGGGUUCCUUGCUAACCUUGCACCCGUGUGCAAGUGCGAAAUGAAGCGAUCCUUCAGCUUGAAGGAGCUGCAGAACGCGAUCGAAAACCAGUCCGAUGCUGGCAGCACGAAAGACUCUCCACGCUCAUCGAGCGGAGCGACAUUCACACCCCUUGCUACCAUGCGCAGGUCCAAGUCACUCGGUUGCCUUGAGGAGCCUGGGAGCACCCAGGAAUUGGACGCCGCGAAGCUGCCGUCCCUGGCUUCUCUCGGGCUCUCGUUCAACCCUUCGGACCAGCAUGGAUACGAGGAGCUGAAACGAGGGAGGGGAGAGAACGGAGGGAAGCUGGCGACCAGCUCGUCGCACUCGAACCUAUCCGCCCUCGUCGAGUCCGUCCCGAGAAGUCGCUCCAGCUCCCUCUCGGACGGGGGCGAGAACCAGGCAGCAUCCGCGCUGAUGCAGCUCAGCUCGACUGAGAACCAGUCCACAGCAGCGAAGAAGGAGGGCAACAUCAAGAAGGAGAGUAACGUCAAGAAGGAGAGUAACGUCAAGAGGGAGAGCAAUGUUCUGCCUCCUGAUGUCACUGAGAAUGUGGGUACUCCUAUCGUGCUGCCGCCUCUCCGUGACCUCAUCGCUGCUACGCAAGCCAAUGCCUUGAACGAUGACGUGGCGAACCAACUCAAAGCUCUUUCGUUCUCCCCCUCCCAUAACGUGAAACCCAGUCAACCUCCAGACCCCCGACCAGCAGCGAGGGAACCAGCAGUCAGCUCAUCGCCGAGUGUGAGUGCUCCAGUGAGCCAGGUUUCUGCGCAGAGUCCUGCGGUUGCAAGCCCAGCUGCUACUGCAACUCAGGCUUCAGCGCACCAAGCUGAGAGCCAGGAUGGGGAGUCGGCCGAUGCCAAGCACAACAAAUACUGUCACUUCUGUCAGCAUGUGAAGGUCAAGAGGAUCACGAGCAUGUUGGCUUGCGAAAACAUGGAGUGUGCAAGGCGCUUCUGUGAGCAUUGCCUGAUGACGCACUUGCAUGACGUCGUUCCUCCUGAUGGCCGGGGGUUGAAAGAGCUCUGCGACGGGAAGUGGUUGUGCCCGAUAUGCCGCAAGGUCUGCUGCUGCGCUAUUCAAGUUUGUAACCGCGCGCACCGACACUGCAAAGCCUACAGGUAUCGACAGAGAAGGGCAGAGCAGGCGGCAAAGCGAAGUCUCGAUCAUAACCUCGUGCAAAUGGGGAUGGUGAUGAACAACGACAUUCGAGCGAUGCAGCCCAACGCAUGGCAGGCAUACGGACACAUAGCCGGCCUCCCCCAGCAUGGUCUGCCCCUCUCGGCGACAGCCGUUGUGGGUCCAAGGCCGCAGGUAGAAGGAUACCAGCGAGUGAUGGGCGCCAUGAACAGCGCGGGGAUGGCGAAGGUGAAUCCCAUGGACUUGAGUCAGGCUUCGGCGUACAACCUGCAAGCAGCCUCCGCAUACCUGCAGCCUCACCCUGCUGUGUUGGCCCGGAAUACCUGAAGCCCUCGGGGGGUGGCGCGUGUUUCAAGAUGUAUGGGGAUCAAGGGGGAUCGAGGAAAGAGCAGAGUGAUCCCAUUGGUCGUGUCAAUUUAGUCUGUACAAUCUGUUAUUCCCUCCAUCCGGGGAGGGCGGUUGGCUUCAAGAGCAGCUGCUGAUGGAGCUUCUUGUGUAGAAUAAUAUUGAAAAGAUUUUCUUUGUUCGAAUUCCUGGCACACAUCCCAUUCAUCAACAUUCCUCGUCAGUCCUCCGAGCUUGCAGGCUCCUCUGCCGAGUCCUUGGUCACUAAAGUCCAGGCUUCUCCUCCAGAGCUUCCCGUCCACUUCCUGCUCAUCUCGGACUGCGACAACCACUGGCUCCCCGCCUCCUCCUGAUUCAUACAUUUCUUCUUCCACUCCUUGAGAGGGGGCAGUCUCUUAGACUUGAUAUCACCUCCUGCCUCUUUGCUCUUGUUCCUCCUUUUCUUCGCCUCCUCCUCCAUCUUCUUGGACUUCUCCGUCUUGUACACCACGAUUCUUCCAGAAGAGCUUCCUGGCCUCUUCGAGCUGAACGUCGGUGUCGCUGGGAUCGCUGCCUCCUCCCGCUCCCAGUGCGGGACGGUGUCGUUCCUUACAGGGAGGGCCAUGCUGUCCACAUCGCUGGGCGGAGGAAGAGGCUCGAUGAUGGUAGGAAGCUCUCCUCCAUCUACUUUGGGAUACAACCCGUGCUUCUUCUCUUCAGGUGAGUCUGUAACAAGCACAUCUGCUGUCGCCGGGUCUCGAUCGCAAUGUGCAGAUUCGCGGUUUGGCGAGCCUUGAGCACGAUCGUGGUCAAGUUGGGUUUGCGGUGUGCUUGUUCGGGAUCGCUCCUCAUCCGUCAUCUCGGCAUGUCUGACUUCAUUGACUUCCUCCUUGCUGGCGAAGGCAAGCUUCCUGUGCCCUUCAUCUCCUGUUCUUGCCAUGGGGAUGAUAGGAGCGACUCUCGCAGAUGUACUUGAUCCACAACCCAUCUUCACUGAUGGUAAUCAAGGCAAGAUGGUACUGUUUGAGAUUCGAGGAUUAACACUUCUUGCUUGGGAAGACGCAGACGAAUAAAAUGGAGGGUUGAAUUAAUAUUGGAUGUGUCAAUGAGAUUAGUGAAGGGAAGAGAAGAAAUCAGUAGAGGAAGAAGGACGUGAGUGAAAGAUAAGCGGAGACAGACUUGUUACACAGUCGGAAACAAUAUGUAGGAGGGUAGAGGACGGAAAAAGAAGGAGAGGAGGAGGG